AAAGGGAGUUCCGUGCUCCAUCUUUGGGAUCUUUGGAAAAUUGCAUGAAGCUUUCCCAGAUGACUGUCCAGGGACUUCAACAGUUCAAGUCUCCCCUUUUGCAGCUGCCUCACAUUGAAGAGGACAAUCUUAGGCGAGUCUCCAAUCAUAAAAAGUAUAAAAUCAAAAGUAUUCAGGAUUUGGUGAGUUUGAAAGGUUCUGAUCGUCGCAAUUUACUGCACUUUCUAGAAGAUAAGAAAUAUGAUGAAGUUAUGGCUGUCCUUGGCAGCUUUCCCUAUGUCACUAUGGAUAUAAAACCACAGGUUUUGGAUGAUGAAGACAGCAACAAUAUUACAGUAGGUUCUCUUGUCACUGUUUUGGUUACACUAACCAGACAGACCAUGGCAGAAGUGUUUGAAAAGGAGCAGUCUAUAUGUGCGGCAGAAGAGCAACCAACAGAAGAUGGGCAAGGAGAUGUCAACAAAGUUAAGAGCAAAGGAUGGCAGCAAAAGAAUAAAGGAACCAAGAAAGCUUCAAAAUCAAAGAAAAAGAAGCCAUUGAAAAAGAAAACUGUGCCACCUUCAUUGCAGCCACCGAAACAGCCGAAGCAAAAACAAGCUAAUGGGGAAGUAGUUGCGAAGGAAGAAGAGGAGGAGAUCUCUGAUAAAGGAAGUGAAUCUGAAGAAGAAGAAACAAACAGGGACUCUCAAAGUGAAAAAGAUGAUGGAAGUGACAGAGACUCUGACAGAGAACAAGAUGAGAAGCAAAACAAAGAUGAUGAAGCUGAGUGGCAAGAAUUACAGCAAAGUAUACAGAGAAAGGAACGAGCUCUUCUUGAAACGAAGUCAAAGAUAACGCAUCCCGUUUACAGUCUUUUUUUUCCUGAGGAAAAACAAGAAUGGUGGUGGCUAUAUAUUGCAGAUCGGAAGGAGCAGAUGCUAAUAUGUAUGCCAUAUCAUGUUUGUACACUAAAAGAUAAAGAAGAGGUAGAGCUGAAGUUCCCAGCACCAGGCAAACCCGGAAACUAUCAGUACACAGUUUAUUUAAGAUCGGACUCAUAUAUGGGAUUGGACCAGAUUAAACCAUUGAAGCUGGAAGUUCAUGAGGCAAAACCAGUGCCAGAAAAUCAUCCACAAUGGGAUACAGCAAUAGAAGGUGAUGAGGACCAGGAAGACAGCGAGGGCUUUGAAGACAGUUUUGAGGAGGAAGAGGAAGAGGAGGAUGAUGAUGACUAAACAAUACUGUUGAUUGACUACAAUGUCUGCACACACUGCAAAGUCUUGGUCUGACUGUGGAACUGUACAAUAACCAAGAAACACAGUACAGAAGCUUUGAGAAGGCUGAGUUUAAUUUUUCUUUACCAAUUAAGAGUGCAUUAUGUAACUUCUCAGUGGAGGUGAAACAAAUCUGUUGCCAUUGAUACAUCUUGGAAUAUGCUUAUGGCUCAUUAUAGCCUUCCAGUGCAGGAUGGUGCAUUUGUUUCAAUACAAAAUAAAAGCUUUUUUAUUAUAAAUGUCCGAAAGUGUGGGCUAUGUAUUGUCUGAUCAGUUUAGGGUCCAAUUUAAAUAAAAGGUACUAUUAGCUAGGAGCAAACUUUAAAUCAAUUUUUCUGCAUUAGGAAUUUAUUUUAGGAAACGUUUUGGUAUAUUUGACAUUACAGAUCUCUGUUGAUUGAAACAACAUCUGCUCAACUUUGAAACUUGAUUGGUUCUGUGGUAUUCAUUAAAUAUUUUGCUGUGAUACUGCUCACAUCAUUCAUAGCUUUAAAAAUCUGUUUUACAUAACUUAAUCAUUAUAAAUUGGCAUCAUACCCAUUGCCACAUUCCAUAUAUUCUGGAGGGCUGCUUUUUUAGGACUAUUGCCUUUUUAUGCCCAGGAUUAUAAUGGAAAUCAUCAGCUUUCUUGACUCUGCCAUAGGAUACUUAUUAAUGGCUUAAAACAUUUUUAAGCCUUUAUUUCAUCAGAUCAGCAGAAGAUCUGAGUCUUUUGAUAAACAGAAUGUCUGAAAGCAAUUUUGGGACCACGUAUUAUGUAAGUUGGUGGCUUUUAUGUAAUACCUUUAUAAAAGGUAUGCUGAAAGCUGAAGUAUAUUCUUAACUUUGAAUCUACACUGUCGGAAACAUUUUAAGGGUAAAAUACAACAUGCAAAGAGGGCAUGUUUUGUAUCACUUUUGAAUUCCCAUCAAUAAACUGGACAAUUUGAUGGC